AUGAAGACGGACGACAGGAUGCGAUUAGCCAAAGAGAGACGUGAGGAGAGGGAGAGAAGUCUGGCGGCCAGGGAACAGCUGAUCAGGGAGAAGGAGCGCAGAGCUCGGCUCCAGUAUGAACGCACAGUGGAGGAACGCUGGAGGCGGCUGGAGGAGCAGAGGCAGAAAGAGGAGCUCCGCAGAGCUGCAGUGGAGGAGAAGAGGAGGCAGCAGCUCGAGGAGGAGAGGGAGCGGUUGGAGGCCCUGAUGAAACGCUCUCUUGAGCGAAGCCUUCAGCUGGAACAAAGGAACAAACGCUGGAGCAGGGGCUGCCCGACAGGAGCAGGUGACAGUGAGAAUGCCCCACUCCCUUUCUCUGCUGCCUCCGCCUUUUCCCAUGGCAUUGCCUCCCCCCUUCCUGCUGUCAGCGAAUCUGCACCCUGCAGUCCUCACAGGUCACCCUUCUGCAGCUCGCUCAACCCUGCAGAUCACAACAGAGCUGGACUUCAGGGAGGUUCGCAGUCCACUCCCAACACCCCCAAGAAACAGCGGCUGCGCAGAGACAGAAGAACUGCAUCACCAGGUUGCGGAUCACCUGUGAGGAGAUCCGAAUCCCCUGCUAGUGUCAACAAGCACUUGGCUUCCCCUGUUUCCUCUAAGCUGGCAUCUAAGAUACGUGCCCAGUCUCCUAGCAAUGCACAUCAGCACCAUAACUCCCCUACAAGACAUCGUCCAAACAUGUCCAGUGAUGACAUGAAAGCAGAAGACAAGAAGGUGGAAAAACACAGCGAACAAACCAAAGCCGAGACCGCAGUGAAAAAGAAUACCGACGUUAGCAGCACAAAUCCAUCCUCACAAGCUGAGAAGAAUGUGGUCAAUGAUGAAAUCACUAAAACAAGAUCUACUAAGGCUGAAACUUCUGAUAAGCGCCUCAAAGGCGACACGUCUGAAAAAAAUCAGUCCCCUGACAGAAAGGACCACAUGUCUGCCAAAGUGGAUUCCUCAGAGAAGAAGACACAGAGCAACGUUCAGGAUGGGGACAUGAAAAAAGAAUCAGCACCGUGCGCAUCCGCGGGGAAGAUGGCAGCUGGCACAACAAAUGCAGAGGAGGCUACCAAGUUGCUGGCAGAGCGUAGGCGUCAGGCUCGAGCUCAGAAAGAACUGGAGGAGAAAAAACGGGAGCAAGAGGAAGAAGAAAGUAUAAAGGAAGAGCAGCUGAGGAAGAAACUCGCACAGGAGCAGCAACAGGAAGAGGUGAAGGCUCAACAAGCAAAGGAAAAGGUGACAAAUGAGGAAGAUCCUCACAAACUGAAGAACGAGGAGCAGGAGAAGGAGCUGCAGACCCAGACUGACAAAGAGAGAGAAAAAGCCAAAGUCCAGGCUCAGGAGGACGCAGCACGUCAACGGCAAGACAGAGAACUGCAGAAGCAACAGGAAGAGGAGGAGAGGCAACUAAGAAAAAAGAGAAUUGAGGAGAUCAUGAAGAGAACUAGGAAGGGUGAAGCUGACUUGAAGAAGGAGGAGCAGGUGGAGACGAAGUCCGUCUCGCCACCAGAGGAUGAAAAGACCCUUCAAACUAAUGCUCAGGUCAACGAGCGAGCUUCCAAAACCGUUGAGUUUCAGGUUAAAGAGCAGGUCACAGUCCAGGUCAACACGAAGGAAUGUGUCCCGGUAAAGAAAGAAGCAGCAGCAGCAGCAGCAGCAGCACAGACGGACAGGCAGAAGAGUGUGCAAGUUAAAAACAACACUCAUCAAGUGACACCAACACACAGUGUUCCUGACAAGAUACCGGACACCAAACAAUCCAGUGAAGAGCGUGGCAGCCAGCUUAACAAAGAAACCAAAGCCGGCGUUCUCAAGCAACAGGGAAGAGAGGUGGAGAUGAAUGUAAACAAGCAGCACAAAGCAAACGUUAAAGCCACAGACCAAAUAAAUAAAGAGCCAACUAAGCCGAAAGCAGAUGCCAAAGCCAGCCAAAAGGAGGGCGCUAUGAUGAACGGAGGAGUGAAGGAUAAAGGAAGUGCCUUGAUGAGUAGCCGUCGAACUGAUGAGGGAAGCAAACAACAAAACCCGCAUGUGUCAGCAGCCGAGGAAAAGGUUAAAGGAGGGUCUCAGGUUGAGGUUAUUAGAGCCUCAGUGACACCACCACCGGUGGGACACCUAUCACCGCCAGUCAUUAAGCUGGAGCCACUAGAUGUGAAGGGGACAAGGUCAUGUGAUGAGGUGCAGUCCAUGGAGGUCAGCCCAGCUUCAAAGGAAGAGCUGAUUUCAAUCCCAGAGUUCUCGCCAGUCAACGAAACCCAGCACAGUGGCAUGAGUAAUACCCGCGCUCUAGAAGAUCUGAUGGACCUGACAGGCAGCGUCACCUACCCAAAACUGUCCUCUGAAAGCAACAUAGGCGACUGCAACAAGAACCUCAUUGAGGGUGUUGUCAGUCCCAUGUCAGACUCAAAGCUCAUUGGGAUGUCGUCUUCAUCCUCAAAUAAACUUAGCAUCCAGUAG